AUGAGGAAUUUCGAUUACGGGGGUAACGAAGCAGUUCAAGAGUCGAAGAAGGGUGGAGAACGCGAUGCUUCUGUGAGUUUGUCAUCGCCGGAGAGAUCGAGGAUCCGUAAAAGUGUUGAAGGGAUAUCGAUGUUGGCAUCUACAGAGGCGUCGAAGGCGUCGAAGACAAGGCGGGGAACUUCAUAUGGGUCGCCUGCGUCAUCUCCGGAGAAGACCACGAGGCGGGAAACUUCAUAUGGGUCGCCAUCUCCGGAGAAGGCCACGAGGCGUGGUUCAACUCUGUCUCCUAGAGUUGCGAAGAAGCAUAAGGUAAAUGUGGCUCCUUCUGGUGAUGACAGAGAAGAAUGGCCAGAGUCUGAGAUGUUGGCAUCAACAGUUGCGAAGAAGACAAGGCGGGGAACUUCAUAUGGUGGGUCGCCUGUGUCUGCUAGACAAUCGAAGAAGCAGAAGGUAAACUCGGAGAAGAGUCUAGGUGAUGAUGGUGAUGACAGAGAAGAAUUUCUCCAGAUUGUGGUAAAUGAAGAAGAGGAAUUUGGGGAUAUAGGUGAUGAUGGUAGUGAAGAUGAGAACGGUAUUGCUGGCAUUGAGGAAGUUGGUGAUAAAGCAAAAAAUGAUGAUUGUGAGGUUGAUGAAGACGAAGGGGAUGAUGAUGCAUGGGAUGAUGAUAAAAUCCCUGAUCCUGUGUCAUCAGAUGAUGAGAAUGAAGAGGAGAUAAUACCUGCGCAAGCUUACAAAGAAGACACUGAUCCAGAGGAGCUCCUUCAGCUAGGCAAGACAUUUUCAGAUGUUGAGGACUUCAAACAUGCUUGUCUCAGGUAUACCCUGAAAACCAGAUACAACAUCAAGUACUACAGAUCCAGUAGCUUGAAGAUGGGGGCAAAAUGUGCCGCUGAGAUGAGAGAUGAUGAGGCUCCAUGUCCUUGGAUGGUCUACUGUUCGUAUGAUAGGAGGAAACAGAAGUUGAUGGUAAAGACAUACGUCAAUGACCAUAAGUGUGAGAGGACAGGGUAUUCCAAGAUACUUAAGAGGUCAGCAAUUGCAAGUCUAUUUGCUGAGAGGUUAGGCUGA